UUAAUCUCUCUCCCUCUUCGUCCCGGCUGCCAGCACCGCUAGGGUUAGCGCGGCGGCGACCUUCGAUCCAGGCGAUUAAUGGCGCGGUGGUGAGCUCCUGCGUGUUCGCCGGCGGGAUUUUCCCUUGCUCCGGCGAUCCCGUUGGGAGAGGUUCUUCCCUGUUCGCGCUCCCUUCUCCGUCGCCGCUACUCCAUCCAUAGAUCGAUCUAUCUAUCGGAUCCACUCUGAUGGAGAAACAGAGCAGCCAAGAACUUUCGAUCGAAAACAAAAGCGCUGGUUUCAGUAGGGUGGAGAAACCUAAGGUGGCAGAGAUUCAGCUUCAACUUCUACCCUAUGACGUUUUGCGCGACAUACUGUCACGGUUGUCAAUCAAGGAUGUCGUGAGGAUGAGCACGCUUUCUGGUGAAUGGAGACAGCAGCGGAUAUGCCACCCAGAUCUGGUCUUCACCAAAGACACCUUUGGCAUCAGUACUGACCCAGAUCCGGACUUCACCAAAACCAUUGAUGCCAUCAUUAGAGACACGGAUACUAAACGAGCAUCCUGGACUGCUGAAUUCAUCGUCAAUGUGGACAGUGUAUUGCGCCCACUGUGGUCUACUUCCACUACAACUACGACUACGCUGGACAAGUUUGCUAUCGAAUUUGGUCUCCGCAGAAAGCAUAAGUAUCACAUUGAUAGAUGGGUUAACUUUUCCAUUGCGUCAAGGGCCAAGUACAUUGCUUUCGAUUUCACGUUUGAUAUCGAUUGCGCUGGCCCUGGAUGUGACCAGUACAAGGAUGUUUUCCUGCUGUGCAAGCUGAGCGGCCCAAGCGGCUCUUGUGUCACAUCUCUUGUUCUGGGCUAUGUAUGGUUAAAGCUGCCCCCCAGUUUCUGCGGUAUCACAAACCUUAGGAAACUCACACUAAAAACGGUGUCCAUCAGUGGAGGUGAUCUCCAGCGCCUGUUGCUAAGUUGUGCUCUUCUCGAGCAUAUAGACAUAGAGUGGUGCUCCCCCUUGUCAAGUUUACGCAUAGGGCAGGAACUGUGCAGGUUGCAGUACCUGCGUGUGCGCCGGUCUGAACUGGAAAUGUUAGAGUUGCAUGCUCCAAAUCUUACCAAAUUUGAGUUCGACGAAGAUCUCGCACAAAUUAUGCUCAGUGAUUGCUUGAGGUUGUCGGAGGCAACCUUUGUAUCAAACAUGAGGACUCAAGAGUUCAAUGAUUAUGAUUUUGAUGACUUGGCCUUCACCUUCACCGAGCUUGCUCUUCCUCAUGUGCAAAAACUAUUUCUACUUUUGAAUUUGGACCAGGUGCUAAGAUUCGGUGACAACCAGACUAGCUUCAUCAAUUUGAGGCAUCUGAACAUGAACCUUGAGAUCGGGUGGGAUCCAUAUGAUGAUAGUUGGGCAAUAGGGUUUAUUCAUCUUUUGCAAUUAUCACCUCUCUUAGAAGAAUUAGAACUGCAUGUUGGUCGUGAUAGAUUUUGCCCUCCUACUAUGAGGAUGGUGACGGCUGUGCAAGGGCCUCUGCAUCAUCACCUGAAGAGAGUCCACAUGUCUGGAUUUUGUGAUGUAUUGGGGCUAGCCGAGCUGGCGCUCUACAUCCUUGGGAAUGCUACUGCACUUGAAUGUAUGGUGGUAGAUCCAGUGGCGUAUGCCGAGACUCUUCACACUGAUGAUAUCUAUUCAGUCAGCAAGGCUGGUAGUAUCGAGGGGGACCAUUACCACGUCGAUCAGAAUAGGAUGUUUGCAGAGCAAAUCCUUGGCAGUGAGGAGUUCCGUCAUAUCGUCACCAUUUUGUGAAGUACAAUGCUGGGGCUGGAGAUGCUAUUUAUAUAUGCCAACGAUGGAUGGAAUGGGCUUGGUGGAAAAAGGAUCGAUCGGGAGCUUAAUGAAGAUUUAUAAUAAUACUCAGAAGGGAAGCAUUCAUGUACAAGCCGAAUGAUUGGAUGCAGUAGUGUGUGCACCAAAAUUCAGUGUUGUGAGCAUUUUGGUUGCAAUCUGGGUUAACUAUGCUUUCUUCUUUUUCGGCGUUGCUAUUAUGAACAUAAGCAGUUGGUAGCAAUUUUGAGUGAUAUAUAUGUGGUACACUGUCAUUAAUAAAAUCAUGGAAUCAUUCAUCCUAUUACAUGCA